GGGUCUGCGCUCGGCGCCCUUCGCCCCCUGCCCGGGGACCGCGAGCGCUGGGGACAGAGACCGGGACCGGCGCCGGGGCUGGCACCGCGACCGGCACCGGGAUGAUGGCGGAGGAAGAAGCAGCUCCUCCAGACAUGGAUGAAGGGGAAAACAUCACCAGCCUUCAGGCUGUGGUGCUGGGAGGUGGGACCCCCAUCCUGCAGUUUGUGGAGGACAGGAUCCAGACCACCAUGCUGACUGGAAUUGCAAUUGGAGCUGCAGUUGCACUGUUGCUUAUAGCAGUUGUUGUGUUUGUCGUGUACAGAAGAGUGAGACAGUCUAAGCAACUUCAGCCCCACGUGCCUCAGUACAGGUUCCGCAAGAGGGACAAAGUGAUGUUCUAUGGGAGGAAGAUCAUGAGGAAGGUUACAACUCUUCCCAACUCUCUGGUUGGGAACACCGUCCCUCGCCAGCGGAUGCGGAAACGGGCAAAGGUUUUAUCUCUGGCUAAAAGGAUUCUGCGUAUUAAGAAGGAAUGUCCAACUCUGCAGAGGAAAGAACCUCCUCCUUCUUUGCUAGAGGCAGAUCUGACUGAAUUUGAUGUCAAGAAUUCCCACUUGCCAUCAGAAGUCCUGUACAUGCUUAAGAAUGUCAGGGUCCUUGGGCACUUUGAGAAGCCCCUGUUCCUGGAGCUGUGCAAGCACAUGUUCUUUGUGCAGCUGCACGAGGGCGAGUACAUCUUCCGUCCCGGGCAGCUGGACGACAGCAUCUACGUGGUGCAGGAUGGAAAGCUGGAAGUUUGCAUCCAAGAAAGUGAUGGAACAGAGGUGGUGGUGAAGGAGGUGCUGGCAGGGGACAGCGUGCACAGCCUGCUGAGCAUCCUGGAUGUCAUCACGGGUCACCCUGCUCCCUAUAAAACCGUCUCAGCCCGAGCAGCCUCUCCAUCCACAAUUCUGAGGCUUCCAGCCAGUGCCUUCCAGGAUGUGUUCCAGAAAUACCCUGAAACCCUUGUGAGGGUGGUGCAGAUCAUCAUGGUGAGGCUGCAGAGGGUGACGUUCCUGGCCCUGCACAACUACCUGGGGCUGACCACGGAGCUCUUCAGCUGUGUGAGUUUGGGGGGCAGGCCCUCUGCUCUCCUGGCAGGGCACACAGAGCUUCUCCUUCUUCCAAAGGGCCAGGGCACCCCCCUGAUCUCCGUGAGCGGCAUCAGCGCUGGAGCCGGCAAGGUGGGGAAGAGACAAACACCCAGUGCUUUGGAGGAGGAGCGUGGAGAGAAGCUUGAAAAGUCUGGGGAAGCCCUGGAAAUGGACAUGUUGAGGAUUUCUGGUGCAGAAAACUCUGAGCAUGUUUUCAGAAGAAGCCUUUCAUCACCUCCCUAUGCAGGCUCUACAGAGGCUUCUAACAAUUCCAGCGCUGCCAAGUCUGACAUGGACAUGGCCUACGAGAGGGCCAGGGUGCACCUGGCCCCCGAGGACGCCGCCGGCAGCCCCGGCGUGGCCAAGUCGAUAUUGAAGAAGACAGUGACAGUGACAGAAACUCCAUCAGCAGUUUUCCAUUACAGUGCUGUGCAGGACUCCUGUAACAGCAAACACAUUGAUGCCAUCGUGGAAGCAGCAAAGAGAGACCUCUCAGCCCUGAUGAAACUUGAUAAUCCUGCACUGCUGAAUGGCAAAGUGACAUUGCACCAGGUCACUGCUGGCACUGUGCUGUCCAGGCAGGGAGAUCAGGAUGUCAAUGUUUGCUUUGUGGUCUCUGGGAUGCUCCAUGUGUACCAGAGGAAGAUUGACUCUGAGGAGGACACCUGCCUCUUCAUCACCCACCCUGGGGAGCUGGUGGGCCAGCUGGCUGUGCUCACUGGGGAGCCCCUCAUCUUCACCAUCAAGGCCAACAGAGACUGCAGCUUCCUCUCCAUCUCCAAGUCCCAUUUCUAUGAGAUCAUGAGGGAGCAGCCCAGUGUGGUGCUGGGGGUGGCCCACAGUGUUGUGAAGAGAAUGUCCCCCUUUGUCAGGCAGAUUGACUUUGCCCUGGACUGGAUGGAGGUGGAGGCUGGACGAGCUGUUUACAGGCAGGGGGACAAGUCAGACUGCACGUACAUCGUGCUGAACGGCCGCCUGCGCUCCGUGCUGCGCAUGGACGACGGCAAGAAGCACCUGACCGGGGAGUACGGCCGGGGGGACCUCAUUGGAGUGGUGGAGGCCCUGACCCACCAGCCCAGAGCCACCACGGUGCACGCGGUGCGGGACUCGGAGCUGGCCAAGCUCCCCGAGGGGGCCCUGAUCUCCAUCAAACGCAAAUUCCCCCAGGUUGUGACCAGACUUAUUCACUUGCUGGGCGAGAAGAUCCUUGGCAGUCUGCAGCAGGGAGGUCAUCCUCUGGGACUGCACAGCUCCAGCAGCAAGUGGGAUGCAGGGAAUCCUGCCAGCAACCUGUCCACGGUGGCGAUCAUGCCGGUGUCCGAGGAGGUGCCGCUGACAGCCUUCACCCUGGAGCUCAAGCACGCCCUCAGUGCUGUGGGUCCUGCCCUGUUGCUCACCAGUGACAACAUCAAACAGCGCCUGGGCUCUGCUGCUCUCGACAGCAUCCACGAGUACAGACUGACCAGCUGGCUGGGCCAGCAGGAGGACAUCCACAGGAUUGUGCUGUACCAGGCUGACAGCACCCUGACCCCCUGGACCCAGCGCUGCAUCCGCCAGGCCGACUGCAUCCUCAUCGUGGGGCUGGGAGACCAGGAGCCCACUGUGGGAGAGCUGGAGAGGAUGCUGGAGAACACGGCAGUGAGGGCCCAGAAGCAGCUGAUCCUGCUGCACAAGGAGGACGGGCCCCUCCCGUCCCGCACCGUGGAGUGGCUCAACAUGAGGAGCUGGUGUUCUGCUCACCUCCACAUCCACUGCCCACGCAGAGUCUUCUCCAAAAGGAGCCUGCCCAAGCUGGUGGAGAUGUAUGAACGUGUGUUCCAGAAGGUUCCAGACCGUCACUCCGACUUCUCCCGCCUGGCCCGGGUCCUGACGGGCAACGCCAUCGCGCUGGUGCUGGGCGGCGGAGGGGCCAGGGGCUGCUCCCAGGUGGGCGUGAUCCGGGCGCUGAUCGAGGCUGGCAUUCCCGUGGACAUGAUCGGGGGCACGUCCAUCGGCGCCUUCAUGAGCGCCCUGUACGCCGAGGAGCGCAGCUACAACCAGAUGAGGAUCAAAGCUCGCCAGUGGGCCAUGGUUAUGAACUCAGUGUUUAAGACUAUUCUAGACUUGACAUACCCAAUAACCUCUAUGUUUUCUGGAGCAGCUUUUAACAACAGCAUCAACAACAUCUUCAAAGAUAAGCAGAUAGAGGAUCUGUGGAUUCCUUACUUCACCAUCACCACUGACAUCACUGCCUCGGCCAUGAGGGUGCACAGGGAUGGCUCCCUGUGGAGGUACGUCCGGGCCAGCAUGUCCCUCUCAGGGUACAUGCCACCCCUGUGUGACCCCAAGGAUGGCCAUCUCCUCAUGGAUGGGGGCUACAUCAACAACCUGCCAGCUGACGUGGCCAGGUCCAUGGGGGCCAAGGUGGUGAUCGCCAUCGACGUGGGCAGCCGCGACGAGACCGACCUGACCAACUACGGCGACUGCCUGAGCGGCUGGUGGCUGCUCUGGAAGAGGUGGAACCCCCUGGCUGAGAAAGUCAAGGUGCUGAACAUGGCCGAGAUCCAGACACGUCUGGCCUACGUGUGCUGCGUGCGGCAGCUGGAGAUGGUGAAGAACAGCGACUACUGCGAGUACAUCCGGCCCCCCAUCGACCGCUACGGCACCCUGGACUUCGGCAAGUUCGACGAGAUCUGUGAAGUGGGAUACCAGCAUGGGAAAACUGUAUUUAAUGUGUGGUGCAGGAGUGGAGUCCUUGACAAGAUGCUGAAGGACAGGCAAGAGACCUGCAAAUCCAAAACUGAUAACGUGACCUGUCCCACCACGUCCUUCACAGACCUGGCUGAGAUCGUGUCCCGCAUCGAGCCCGUCAAGGCUCCUCCGCUGGCCGACGAUGAGUCAGACUACCAGACUGAGUAUGAGGAAGAAGUUCUGGACAGCCAGAAGGAUGAUUACCUUGAUUUCAUAAGCAACCAGGCUGAGGAAGACUCUGACUCGGAUGAGGAGAUGCAGCUGAGGAAGCGCAGGAAUGUGCCCAGCGGGGAGGCCCAGAGCAGCACCGGAGAGCCGGGGUAGAGCUGGGAGAGGCCAAGCUGCCAGCUGGGAGCCACAGCCCAAACUGCUGACAGAGCAGCCCUAUUUAUUUAUUUAAUGCUUCACCAAACCAAAACAACACCAGAUGAAUGAAGGCAGAGUUCAUCCUUCUCCAGCCAGGGCCGGGCACUCAGCACCACCUGCACCAAGUCCUUUGGAGCUCUGGGCAGGGGGGCUGCCGUGGGCCCUGCUCCUUCCUGCAGGUGCUGGGAGCAGCAGUUAUUGAUCACAGACUGGCAGGGGGGCAGUUCAAAGCUGCCUGGAUUCUUGCUGCUGUGUUUUUAGGCACUGUUUUUACUGCCAAGGCCCAAAGAACACUGGGGACCUCCCCCUGCAAGGUGCUGGGAGGGCUCCGGGCAGCAGCACUGGAGAGAGGGAGGGGUUUGUGGGUUGCAGCCUUGCUUUCUUUUCACACGAAUCAGGUAACUGUGUAAUUAACUCCUCAGUGACUUCCAACCAUGUACUGGUGAGCAGUGCUCUGACAGGAGCAAAUCUGAAUGUAUUUAACUUGAAAUCUAAACCUAAGAAAUCAUUGUGAAGGGUGGCCACAGAGCCUGGAUCCUCAAGUCAGCAGCAGGACAUUCACUGAUGGAUCAUGGAACUGACACUUGCUGGGCAACUCUGGAAUCACCACUUGGCUGUACUUGCCCUGUUGAAAUAAAGUUAUUUUGCUGGA